AAAGUUGUUUCUUAGAAAGCACCAGAGUCACCAACCGCAGACGUAAGAGCGAAGAUCCGUACAACGAUUCAAUUACUGUAAACUCUCGUAUAAUAAUUUGCGUGUUUUGCUAUUUUUUUUUUAUUGAAAAUAAACUACAGUUUAUAACCUUCAUUUUGUGGUUGGGGGAAGCCAGAUAAAACUUAAUUUAUAACAAAAAUAUUUUAUAUACGAAAUCGCCAAUAAGUAGAACUCGAAGGAUUUGCUGGACGAAAAACGUAUUUAUUACCCCCCAGCAGUUAUAAUGGCGUCCAACCACUGAUGUACAGUUUUACUUGAGAGCUUGUCUGAAGAGUGCUCUUCCUGCAGUGGUAAACGAAGGAAGCUGGAAUGCGAUUGGGCAGGACUGUUGGAUUAAGUAUGGCGAGUCAAGUUUUCAAUGCACAGCGCCUGCUGUGUCGCAUCUGUCCUGGGCUACGUGGUGUCUGUGGUCUGCACACCACCAGCAGCUGCGCCUCGAAGGACCACUACAAAGUGCUGGUGGUGGGUGGUGGGAGUGGUGGAAUUACCAUGAGCGCUCGGAUGAAAAGGAAAGUCGGAGCCGGAAAGGUAGCCGUCAUUGAGCCUAGUGAGAAUCAUUAUUACCAGCCACUCUGGACUCUGGUAGGAGCUGGUGCAAAGACUGUUAGCACAUCCAGAAGAUCCACUGCUAGUCUCAUCCCCUCUGGAGUUAAAUGGAUCAAGUCCCAAGUGCAGGAGUUUAACCCAGACAAGAACUGUGUGCGCACUGAUGAUGGUAAAGAGAUAUCAUACGAGUAUCUUAUUGUAGCUCUUGGGCUCAAGCUACAUUAUGAAAAGAUCAAGGGUUUGCCUGAAGGCUUUAAUUAUCCAAAGAUUGGCUCCAACUACUCAGUUGAGACAGUAGACAAAACCUGGAAGGCUCUGCAGGAUUUCAAGGAGGGCAAUGCCAUCUUCACAUUCCCCAACACGCCAGUCAAGUGUGCAGGUGCACCGCAGAAGAUUAUGUACCUCGCUGAUUCCUACUUCAGAAAGACAGGGAAAAGAUCCAAAGCCAACAUCAUGUACAAUACGUCCCUGCCCGUAUUAUUUGGCAUUAAGAAAUAUGCCGACUCUCUGUGGAACAUUGUGAAGACACGGGACCUGAAUGUGAACCUCAGACAUAAUCUCAUUGAGGUCCGGCCGGACAAACAGGAGGCUGUGUUUGAAAAGCUAGACAACCCCGGAGAAACUGUGGUUUUCGAGUAUGAAAUGCUUCAUGUUACGCCUCCAAUGGGACCCCAUGAGGUUCUGAAGAAAAGUACGUUGGUGGAUGAAGCAGGCUGGCUUGAUAUAGACAAAGACAUGCUGCAGCAUAAGAAGUAUCCCAAUGUAUUUGGUAUCGGGGACUGUACUAAUCUUCCAACUGCAAAGACAGCUGCAGCAGUCGCGGCUCAGUCUUCAGUUCUUGAUAGAACUAUUUCAAGGGUGAUGAAGAAUGAAAAGCCUGAUAAAAGGUAUGACGGAUACACUUCUUGCCCAUUGGUGACAAGCUACAACACUGUUAUACUGGCGGAAUUUGACUACAAUGGUCAGCCCCUGGAAACAUUCCCUAUUGACCAGAGCAAGGAGAGGAUGAGCAUGUUCUACAUGAAGGCAGAUGUGAUGCCACAUCUGUACUGGCACGGCCUGCUCAAGGGAUUCUGGGGAGGACCAGCCCCUUACAGAAAGAUAAUGCACCUUGGUAUGAAGUAACCAGGAGAAGCUUCACAGAAAUCCUUACGUUGAUUAUUUCAUGCUGGGCUUUUAUUGUUUACUUAUUCCUCAGCAGGCUUAGCUUACUCUCUAAUCAUUGUGAAUUUAAUAGAAAGAGUAAACACUCCCUGAAAGAUUAGGAUCCCCCACUAGAUGAUUCACUGGCAUCAUGCCCCCCAGCAUGCCUAUGCUAAAUUUGUUUUCAUUAGAAAAAGCAGGAUGUCAUUGGCUCGCAAUGCAAAAUGCUACAAAGACUGUAGACCCUGGUAGGACGUGUUAUAAAACUGUUGUAAGCACUUGGCAGGGAGUCGCCGGGGGGGGGGGGGGGGGUGCAACGGUGAACCGGGAUUAAUAAAAUACAAUUGGCGAUUCCAAAUUGGGGAGAAAAUUGGGGUAAAAUCAUUGGCAACUACUAAAUAAUAAUAAUAAUAAUAAUAAUAAUAAUAAUAAUAAUAAUAAUAAUAAUAAAAGUAUUAUAAGCCAAAAUGUGAGAUUGUGUGAUUUUCUAAUUAAUAUACCAAUAUUCUCGUCUCGUUGUUCCUAAUUGUGCUGUGUAAAGGUGACCAUGCUAAGAUAAUUAUACAGAUAUCAUGGUAGCUGUACUUGCAGACUUACAAAACUGUAUUUGUCCAAUCAUGGAAUCAUUUCAGGUGAAAUCGAGCCUUUCUUUUUAGGUUUGAAAACAAUACAACAUUACAGAAGUGUUUAAUCAAAGAGAGAUAACAAGGUGUUUUGUUUAACUUUCAUUAACAAUUGUGUGGGAUGAGCAAAUCAAGUGUGCUAUGUAUGAUUUUGUUUGUUUCUACAGAACCAUAAAAAUGUGUAUUAUACAAACAUUAGACCUAGGAUAUUCAGUGUAUACUGGAAAUGGUGUAUUCUAUAAUUUGUGUUUUUCUAGCUGUAAUUAUCUUUAGGUAACUAACUACUUGUCCUUCUUCUGAAAAGACAAAAUUGGAGUAGUUAUGUAUAAACUGAUUUUUAUGUCUAUUAAAGAUACCAUCUCAAAGGUGUUUCCCAAUACUCAUAAUAAUAAAGAAUAUUUUACAAAG